AUGGACCACGAUGAUUACGCUACCGACCCAUUCUCGAGCGAAGGUCUGUGGAGGAUCUCGCAGUUCACGCUGCAGUCCCUCCAGCCGCUAGAUCCUGUGCCAUGGGACGAGGGGCUGCCCGAUCUUGUCGGCGGGUUCUUCAAAAGUCCUUUGGAAUUGGUAGGAGAGAAUGGUUCUCAGCUUCACCAGCUGGACAUUUCCGAACUCGACUUUUCCGAUUCAGACGGCCCAUCCGAGUCGACAACAGAUGCGUCCAUCCAUAGCCAAUAUGACCCCAGUACCGAACAAAACGAGGAGGAAUCGGAGAAUAUCUGGGCGCUGGAUAGCCUGAACUCUGGUCCGAUUGAGAAAGAUGCAUUGAGGUCGUGGGAGAAAUAUGGCGACCGAUCAUACCGCGAACCGCCCUCCGCAUACUUUAGCGAAUCAGGAGCCUGGGGGUUUGAUGCGGCAUUGAAUCGACGGAGCACAUCGGACUACGCCGCUCAGUCGCAGCGAACAGCUCGUCAUGAUUACUUCUUUCGCUCCCUCUUUCGACUGGGGUUGGGCUGGAGUUCCAUGUUCUUUCGUUACAACCAACAACAGGCACAGUUCGAACGGGUGUUCAAGGAUGUCCGGGUCUCGGGAAUAAGUCUUACUGCGCUUAGUGGAUUGGUUGAUGAGAUGAUACGAUGCGGUACAGAUAUGCAGAGGGUCCGAAACUUCGUUAUCAAGACACCUUCAGGCUCGGGUAUCCCUUCUGCACUGUCCACUCUUUCCAGUGCUGCCGCAGUGAUUGUCUACACACUAGAAGCCCAGCUUGUCCGGAAUUACAAACAAGCUGUGUCUGUUCUCCGGAUCAAGUCAUUGUUUGAGCCAUGUCGUGAGAUCGUGGCCGCCCUGGCAAACAUAAUUGAAUCCAUCGAGGGGCCCACAACCGAAUCGCAGAUAAUUUCCAUUGUUCUGGCUAGAGCUGCGCAUUUCUCUCAAACAUUUGCGCACAUGGAAAAUCUCUUUCGCGAGAUAGCUACUCGUGUCGCCAGGCCUUUUCUUGACCACAUCGAGAGUUGGGUGGGUUUCCGCUCUGAGACUCCCACGUCAAAGGAAUUCGCACGGAGCGGGAGAAGUUUCGUGUCCUUAAGACACCCAGAAGAGAGCGAUAAACAGAUUUCCAAAGCGGAAAUGGAUCACUACAUAUAUUGUCCGGAACAGAUGCCGUCUUUCGUUCCCUCAGACCAAGCCAAGUUGAUUUUCGAGAGUGGACGGAGUCUUCGUCUCCUGAAACGAUUUCAUCCUCGGCAUCCUAUUGCGAAUGGCAAAUUUCGCAAUUCCACGCUUGAUUGUGCGAGAUCGUGGGCUGAGAUAGAGCGGAUACAAAGCAAGGCUCAAACAUACGAGAGAGAACUUCGUGCCGAAAUACUCAAGUAUAAUCGCCAUGGAUCCUUCGAGAAGGAAAGAUGCGACUUUACUCCGGAACACCUCGUACUGGAUGGUGACAAUGUCGUAUCAGGAGCCUUUGAUCUGUUCGACAUGGACAGUGCCAAAGUGACUGGAUUACUCAACAAUCAAGCCUCCGUCGAAAGCGAUCCCCUUGGCCAGUUAGUCGACGCCGGUUCGAUUGUGACUGGUAAUGAAAACGCCUUUGGCCCAGAACUGGCGGCAUCUCUCUAUCUCUCCAUGGCCCCUUUCCUUUCCUCUCAGGCAUCCCUGAUAGAUUUUUCUUGCCUCCAUAUGCUCUUCAAAGAGCACCAGCUCCGAUACCAUUUAGGCUUGCAAUGGCGCUUCCAGCUUCUCGGCGACGGGUUCUUCGCAUCGCGUCUUUCCCACUCCCUUUUCGACCCCGAAAUGAAAAGCGGCGAACGAAAAACUGGCGUUGUUCGCAGUGAAGUCCACGCCGGCUUGCGUCUAGGUAGCCGAGACACUUGGCCUCCCGCGAGUUCAGAACUACGAUUGGUGCUUAUAGGGCUUCUCGACGAAUGCUACAACGCCGACGACCAGCGCGACAGCACGGAAAACGCGGAGUUUCGCAGGGAAAAGGAGCUCCCAGGGGGCCUCAGCUUCUCUAUCCGGGAAUUGACCGAUGAAGAAGCUGUCAAAUGCAAAGAUCCAGACGCCAUCGAGGCGUUGGAUUUCCUUCGUUUGCAAUACAAACCCUCGGAUGUCAUUAGCACCAUCAUCACGUACCGGUCGCUCGCCAAAUACGAUCGUCUUUUCAAACAUCUACUCCGACUUCUCAGAAUGGUCUCCGUCGUUAAGAGCCUCAUCCGCGACUCUACCGCCAGGAACUCACUUUCUGGCGACACGCGGAACGUGUUUCAGAAAUUCCGCAUCGACUGCCAGCAUUUCGUACUGUCAUUAAGCGAUUAUUGCUUCCAUAUCGGGAUUGGGUCCACAUGGCGCAAAUUUCAGGAUUCCCUAACCGAGAUCGAAACAUGCCUUGACAAGGGAGACUUUGAUGGCACGAUUGAAGUCGCUCAUUCUGUUCCUGGGCUGCGGGACUACCACGAAGACAUCCUCGACCAAAUGCUGUUCGCGCUCUUCCUCAGCAAAAGGCAUACGGAAGCUGCCAAAUUGCUCGAGAGUAUUUUCGGCACGAUUCUCGCUUUUGCUCCGUUGUCGAGAAUCGACGGGUUGAGAGGCGUGCGUCACGAGAGCGAAACCACCGUCUACCGCCUGUAUGCUCUCUUUCGAAAACAGACCUCGGCGUUUGUUGGAUAUCUACGUGGCUUGGACGAAGUCAAGGCGAGCAGGACUACGAGUCGAUCGGGGAUGACGUCUUCAUCGCGACAGUCUUCUACUGUAGUCUUUGAUCAGCUGCUCGCGAGGUUGGAUGUGAAGAGAUAUUAUUGA